CGACAGGAUGUGUCAGUGCUUUUAGAACGGACGUUUGAUCAUUCACACAGCCUCUGCGUGAAAUCCACAGCACAAGUUUAGAGAGUCACUUUAGUCAGAACAAUGAGGAUAACUUGUACAUCUUUAGUGCUCCUCAUCCAGAUGCUUCAAUGUUUGGGCUCAAAUGAUUCACCAUUUCAACUUAUUAACAAGGCCACUACUUUCUGUUUGAUUAAAACAAAUAAUUUCUGCAAUGACAUACGCUGGACGACUGGCGACCGACUUCUGGUUGAACAGAAGAAUAAGUGCCUCGGAGUCCAGGGGAAAAGUGUGGGCAGUGAAAUAAGCCUCUACAAUUGUGAUGAAAACAGUGACCUACAAAAGUGGGAAUGCAAAAAUGAAACCGUGCUCGCUCUCAAAGACCAAGAGCUUUACAUUGAGCUCACUGAGGACAACACAGCUGUUCUUUCCAAAACAAUAGGACCGAAUAGCCACCUCACAAUUUCAGGAACAUCCAGUGGCGCUUGCACAAGAACAUACAGAGAACUCUAUACCAUCAGUGGAAAUGCAGCUGGAAUGCCCUGCAUGUUUCCCUUUUUGUACAAAGACAAGUGGUACUCAGACUGCACUACGUUUGACUCCCCAGAAAACUUUCUUUGGUGUGCAGUUGAAACUAAUUAUCAAAGUGAACGCUGGGGCUUCUGCCCAAUUACUACCAAAGAAGACUGGAAUACACACCCACUCACUGGAGCAUAUUAUCAGCUCAACACACAGUCAGCUCUGACUUGGUCCCAAGCUGAAACCAGCUGCAAACAGCAGGGUGCUUCCCUGCUCAGUAUCACUGAUCCUCAUGAGCAGGCUUAUGUCCAAGUACUACUGGGGACAGUGGGCAGUAUGCUUUGGACUGGGCUGAUCCUGGAUCCAGAACAUGGCUGGAAAUGGUCCAAUGGGAGGCCUUACCGUUACAUGAAAUGGGACUCAGGACAUCCACUUCCUAAUCCAGGAUACACCUGUACAGUUGUUAAUGCUGCUGUACAGUUGUCCUGGCAGAGUUCACCUUGCAGCAAGAAGCUGGGCUACAUCUGCUACAGUAAACGGGCUGAGGAAAAUCCUGCACAAGCCUUUGAGACAGGCUUUUGUCCAAGCCCUUGGAUUCCUUACAACCAUCACUGCUUCCACCUUAAUCGUAAUCAGAAAACAUGGUCUGAUGCACAGAGAGAGUGCCGUAACGAAGGGGGGGACCUAGUCAGCAUCCGCAAUGUGGAGGACCAAAGCUUUGUCAUCUCUCAGCUUGGAUAUGCAUCCACAGAUAAGCUUUGGAUUGGACUGAAUGACAUGAAGAUAGAGGGAUUGUUUGACUGGAUUGACCACUCCACUGUCAGCUUCACCAGCUGGGAGUUUGGGAAACCUACUGUGUCCACUGAUACAAAAGACUGUGUUCUGAUCCGAGGAGAGAAUGGGAACUGGGCUAACUGUGUGUGUGAGGAGAAACAUGGCUUCAUUUGUAUGAAGAUGAGUGCUUCAAAACCCACUGGAGAUGAAGUGGAGAAGGACAUAGGGUGCAAAAAUGGAUGGAGGAGACAUGGCUCAUACUGCUACUUCAUAGGGACAGAGACAAAAACUUUUGAUGAAGCCAAAGAUGACUGCAAGAGAUCAGAUUCUUAUUUAGCUGAUGUUUCAACUGGCGUGGACAAUGCCUUCCUUGUCAGCUUGGUGGGGUUGAGACCAGAAAAGUACUUCUGGUUAGGGCUGUCAAACCAGAAAAACAUUGAUGAAUUUGUGUGGACCAACACAGCCUCGGUGAGGUUCACUCACUGGAACGCUGAGAUGCCAGGUCGCCAAAAAGGCUGUGUUGCCAUGAAAACUGGGAUUUUUGCUGGUCUCUGGGAUGUGCUGCCAUGUGCCAAUCAGGAGAAAUAUAUUUGCAAGCAGCUGGCAGAGGGGGCAGUUUUAACCCCUGCCCCACCCACACUUAUCCCUCUGAAGUGUGCAGACACAUGGACUCAAGUAGGAUCAAAAAACGUCUGCUUUAAGCUGUUUUUAAAGUCAUCUUCAGACCUGAGAACCUGGUUCGAGGCCAGAGAUUAUUGCAGGACCAUUGGAGGAGACCUGCUCAGCAUCCACAGUCAGGCUGAGCUUGGAGUACUGCCAAAUCGCUACCAGGGCGUCUGGAUUGGACUUAGUGCCCCUGACCCAGCCACUGGUUAUGUAUGGAGCGAUGGAUCCCCACUGAAUUUCCAACACUGGGAGGAUGGCGAGCCAAACAAUAAAAAUAAUGUAGAAUCCUGUGCUGAAUUCAAAAUGCAUAACAAAGAAAGGAGUGGGUCUUGGAAUGAUGUGCACUGUGAGAGUUACCAUGGAUGGCUGUGCCAGAUCAGUGCAGGAGUGACUCCAAAUCCACCUCCAGAUCGUGUCACCCCUGACUACAAUACAACCUCAGAUGGGUGGCUGGAAUGGAAAGGAAAUCAGUAUAAAUUUGCCAGGAGACCAAUGGCCAUGGAAGAGGCGCGUAAGCUUUGCCAAGAGAUGCAUAGUGACUUGGUAACUAUCAACAGUGAGGCUGAAAGAAUAUUUUUAUGGAAACAGAUAUCCAAAGAACCUUUGUCUUACUGGAUAGGCCUGAAUGUAGACCUUGAUGGAACAUUUGCGUGGAUGGAUGGCUCUCCAGUGGUGUUUCAAAAAUGGGAUGAAAAUCAACCCAAUUUCUCGAACAACGAUGAGAAUUGUGCUGUCAUGUAUUCUUCUAUGGGGUUCUGGCAUGAUUAUAAUUGUGGGUUAGAGUUCUCGCCCAUUUGUAAACGCAGUGACUCACCACCUGCCAAUGCCACUGUAGCACCAACAGUUCAUCCAAGAGGUGGCUGUCUACAAAACUGGAAAAAAAUUAACUCGAAGUGUUACAGCAUCAUUAAUAGCCAAAAUGAGACAUGGGAAGGCGCAAGGACACAAUGCAAAGCAAUGGGAGGAAAUCUAGCCUCGAUUCUCUCCAGACAUACACAAGUGUUUUUGUCGAAUGAAAUGGUCAAGGCACCCACAACAAACCUGUGGAUUGGCUUGCAUAAUAAACAUAGUCAGCAGUUUUGCUGGACAGAUGGGCGACCAAUGCAAUACAACAACUGGCCACCUAAUAUGCAUGGCCUUCUGUACAAUCGUCGGAUGCAUGUCCUUCCGUACAAUCGUCGGCUGCAUGCCCCUUUUUCCAAUAAUGAGAAAGAGUGUGCUGCGAUGAUUACUGAUCCUACCAUUGGCAUUGGGAAAUGGCAACAAAUGUCCUGCAAUGAUACCAAUGGAUAUGUGUGUCUUCGAAAUCUUGACCAAUCUCUCCCAGACUCCCCUGAACCAACAGUGACUACUGCAUAUGUGAAACUAUUUAAUGACUCAAUCAAAGUUGUCACUCAGCCCAUGAACUGGGAUGCAGCCCAGAAGAACUGUCAAAGUGACAGUGCCAACCUGGCUAGCCUGCGAAAUGUGUGGUCACAGACCUAUGUCGAGCUGAUGGCUUUGAAUCUGAACAGUCCUGUGUGGAUUGGACUGAACAAAAAACAGACUGUCGGAUAUUUCACCUAUGUUGAUGGCUGGCAUAUGACCAUUUCCAAUUGGUAUAGAAAGUACCCAAGCACAGACCAAGACUGUGUGUUUGUGGAUGUGGACGGAAAAUGGAAGACUGCCUACUGCAAUCAGACAAUGAACAGUAUUUGUAUGAUGUCUACAGAUGUGCCACCAACAGAAUCAAGUCAUUUCCCAGGAAGAUGCCCUGUUGACCCAGAAAGACCCCAUUACGGAGGCAAACACGGUUACACUUGGCUACCAUUUAAGGGUCAUUGUUACCUCUUUCUCACAGAGAGGCUCAGUUGGUCAGAUGCCUCUGUUAGCUGUGCAAGACAUGGUGGAACUCUUGCCAGCAUUGAAGACCCCACUGAGCAACAAUUUAUUCUAAGGAAUGUGAAAAUAUUUGAAGACAACCACUCUUCAUUCUGGAUGGGCUUGUAUAAAACUCACAAAGGCGUGUGGCAGUGGUUGGAUAAAACAGUCAUGGACUACAUUAACUGGGAUACAGAUCAACCUGGUGACAACACUUACGGAGUGAUUGAAGUGUCAGACGGAAGGUGGAGGACAGGUGAAAAGUGGAAUAGGAGAGAAUAUAUUUGCAAAACCCCCAAAGUAUUAAUACAAGCAACACCCACAUCUGCAAGUUCGAGUCCAGUGGAUACUCAAAGUCGUGGCCACGUAAUUUUGGCAGCUGUGCUGCUCAUUACUGCGAUUGCCAUUGGGAUAUUCAUCGUCCUCUUCCUCUUCAAGAAGUCUGGCCGCCACCUACCUGUCCCUGAAAAGACAACUACCUUUGACAACCCAGUCUUCGUCAGCAAUGAGCAGUCUCAGCAGGAUCUGGUGGACACCAAUAAAGUGGUAACAAUGGAAUAAGAAGAGAACACUGGGUGUGAAUGGCAUUCUUGAUUGAGGGACCAAUAACUUUGUUGUCAAUUUUGAAAAGAUACAUUUCAGUGCAGUUGGCAAUUACUGGCCUUAAUGAGCCAAAAUGAUUAGGCUGCAGGAUGUCUGACAUGACAUACAGAUCUAUGUAGAUUUGAAAUUAUGUUUAAUUGUAUAUUUUAUGACAACUAAGAAUUUACUGAUGUACACGAUAUUGAAUGUUCAGUGUGUUAUUUUAAUCACUGUGCUGUGGAUUUUUGCAUUUGCUACAGAUAGCUCACUUUGCACAAAGCAAAGAAUAUAACUCAACUAACUGAACGUAAUCAAUUUUAUAUUUAGCUUGCAAAGAAAUUUCUUUCUUUCAAUGUGGUUUAAUAUGUUUCAAUAAGUUUGAAUUAAAUACCACAAGAUUAACACAAAGGCUGCAGCAGCAAUAGGUUUAAUAUGCAGGGUAAAAGAUCAAGUGUGUGUUUACCAGUUUCUAAGGCCACUGUAAAAUUGUAUAUACUUAACCUUCAUUUAUGUGCAAAGGAAAUAAAGUCAUUUUUGGGAAACA